CUCCUCCCGGCUUGGCUGAGCGAGACUCUCCGGCGAGCUUCUCCCUGCAGCGGCUGCAAGCAGGCGCGGCGCCAGAUAACCUUUGUGACAGAAUGGCAGAUCAGCAUCAGGACUUCAAUAUGACAGAUGACCAUUUGGUGAGCCAAGUCAGGCGAAAUCAGACAGGCUCUCCCCUCCAGAUACCUGUUGAUGACGGAUCCGACGAAGCCGUGUCUGAGGCCUCUGAUGCUAAGAGCACCCCAACUGUGGAAGAUGCUACCGCUCCGUUAGUGGAGGAGGAUCGGAUUGCAGCUCGGCAGAAUGCAGAGAUACCCGAAGGAAUCACAGCUGAGGAAGCAGGAAUAGGCUGUACUCCUAACCUUGAGGACCGUGCUGCAGGGGAUGCUCAAGCUUGUAUCGACAACAAAGAUAAAAACGGGACUGGGAUUGAAGAAGCAAAGCCAAAGGGCCCGGAUAUGAAAAGUGUAACGAAGAUCGCCACUCCACGUCCUGCUGGAGCACAAAAUCAAAAGAGCCCAGGCAACGCUUCGCGGAUCCCGGCCAAAACUCCCACCAUCCCCAAGACACCGCCCAGUCUCGUUGCCAAGAAGGAGCAGAGAAGGCCCCCAAACUCAGCAGCAAAAUCUGAGAGAGGUGAACCAGUAAAGUCUGGCGAUAGAAGUGGCUACAGCAGUCCUGGUUCUCCUGGGACCCCUGGCAGCCGUUCCCGCACACCCUCCUUGCCAACUCCUCCCAACAGGGAGCCCAAGAAGGUGGCAGUGGUCCGCACCCCACCCAAAUCCCCUUCUUCUGUCAAGAACCGCCUGCAGACAGCCCCCGUUCCCAUGCCAGAUCUAAAGAACAUCAAGUCCAAGAUUGGUUCCACUGACAACUUGAAGCAUCAGCCGGGGGGUGGAAAGGUGCAGAUGAUUAAUAAGAAGCUGGACUUUAGCCACGUCAAUUCCAGGUGUGGAUCAAAGGAUAAUAUCAAACACACCGCGGGAGGAGGCAGUAUACAAAUUGUUUAUAAGCCGGUGGACCUCAGCCAUGUGACGUCUAAAUGUGGUUCCUUGGACAAUAUUCAUCAUAAGCCAGGUGGUGGGCAGGUGGAAGUGAAAUCAGAGAAACUGGACUUCAAAGAGAAGGUGCAAUCGAAAAUUGGGUCGCUAGAUAACAUCACUCAUGUUCCUGGAGGAGGAAAUAAAAAGAUUGAAAGCCACAAGCUGACCUUCCGCGAGAAUGCCAAAGCCAAGACUGAUCACGGAGCUGAAAUUGUCUACAAGUCACCCACCAUUUCUGGAGAGGCUUCCCCGCGUCGCCUUAGCAAUGUCUCCUCCACUGGAAGUAUCAACAUGGUGGACUCCCCGCAACUGGCCACGUUGGCUGACGAAGUGUCUGCUUCUCUGGCCAAGCAGGGCUUGUGAUUGCGAUAAAUGGGCGGAGAGAAUUAAGAAGAGAAGAAUCCAAUCUGGCCUUUCUUCCUCUGUUCCUUUUAUAUCUGCAUCUCCCCUUCCCCAAAUCAUUCCUUUUUUCCCCCA